GGUUUGUGGACGAGCCCCCCUGAACUCUCGUGUCUUAAAUGGAAGUUCAGUGGUAUCUGAAGGUCAGUGGCCGUGGAUGGCGAGUCUACAGAAGAAUGGACAGCAUGUCUGUGGAGGGACUCUAGUUUCUCUGGACUCUGUGCUCAGUGAUGCUAAAUGCUUCUCAAGUCCUCCUGUGGCGUCCAAGUGGACGGUUGUGUUGGGUCGUCUGAAGCAGAAUGGAUCAAACCCCUUUGAGGUGUCGCUGAAUGUGACAAAUAUCACACUGAGCAACCAGACAGGGUCCAAUGUUGCUGUGCUGCAACUCUCCACCCCGCCCCCCCUGAAUAAUUACAUCCAGCCCAUCUGUCUGGACAAAGGAAGAACAUUUCCUGUGGGAACAACAUGCUGGGCUGCAGGCUGGAGUUCUGGACGUGGAGGAAAAGAAGAAGUUCUGCAGGAGUUCCAAACCUCAGUUCUAGAAUGUCCGACUUCAACAGCUGCAAAUGGCAGCAUUUGUACCGGACGCUUUACCCUUGAACAGGGUGACUCUGGAGGCCCCCUCCUGUGUAAGCAGGACGGUUCUUGGUAUCAGGCAGCUGUGUUAUCAUCUACGAACAUUUCAAGCAGGAAAAAACGAGCUGUGUUAUCAUCUACGGCAGUGAUGCAGUUUGAAAAAAUCAGCCGAUUCCAGGACUUCCUGGUUAAGACGGUGGGAACAUUCCUGUCUCCUGCCUCAACCACCAACAUUACAAUUACCACACCGACGACCAGACCUACUACCGGACCUACCAGACCUUAUACUAGACCUACUACCGGACCUACCAGACCUUAUACUAGACCAACUACCGGACCUACCAGACCUUUUACCAGCCCCCCUUCUCCCCACACGACUACAAUGAAUGGCUGGAACAUUCAUCAUAAGGUUUUCUUCUACCUUCGUCUCAUUUUCCGGACCUUGUGUUCCCUUUUCUCCUCACACGAAAGUUAAACUUCUAAUGAUGUAAAAUCCAAAAAUCUCUCCUAAACAAGCUAGCGUUUGACUCCUCCCUCAUGGCGUUCCAAAUAGGAAGUACACACAGACUUCAAGGGGCCAAAUCUUAUAGAAAUGACUCGGUUAUUCCAUUUAUCAAAAUAACCAUUCUUGCUCUGAUACAUCUUUAUAACAUGUUCUUCAUAAUCCUUUUUUUCAUAUUUUUUCUGUAGUUCAAGUUAUUGUGGGAGGGGUGUGGCGUUUUCUUUGAUUCUUUCAAUUAUUUGAUUUCAAAAAAGCUUUAUAAAUGAAGAUGAUCUAAAUGUUAGAUCAGGUGUUCUGGUCUCAAAUGAAAAUCCAUCCAUCCUCCUCUGGAUGUUGAUUUAGAAAAUAUAUUUUUCUCUUUGGUGUAAAAAGAAAAUAAACUUCAAAUGCUGCGGUUUCAAUCGAUUUCUGGUAAUUAUUUUUAGUUCCGUUCAUAUUUUCUACAUGUUGGGCUUUUUUCUAGGUUUGUUUGUAAAUUUAGGUUUUAUUAAAGGACAAAGAAUCAACUUGUUUCU